GCGGGUAGAACGCCGUGAGAUACUUCCUCAUUAGAGAAUGGCGGCUGCCGCCUGCACUGCCGUUAACAACACCGCGGUUAACAACACUACCUACCCGCAGAAACAACACCGGAGGAAAAGUAGAGAUACGCGGCGGAGACAAGCAGCUCUCUUUUUCCUUAGUAACAUUUCACUAGAUGGACGGCCAGUACAACAGACGUACCAUGGAAACCGAGACAGCGAGUUGUUGGGAGGUGAUAUCGGGGCGACAGUGGCCGGGAUGUUAACGGUGUCUAGCUAUGGGACCUUCACUAACCUACCAACGUCUGUGAGCUGCGGCACCGUUGGGAACGUUAGCGCCGUUCCGGGACUCGGAGUCAUCACUGUCCCGCCUAUCCUCGUUCUGCCUUCGGACUCGUUCAAUGAUGGGACAACGGAGGUAUUUCUGGAGAGGCGAGAAGGAUCGUUUUCCUCACAGGGAAACCUCCUCUCUCCCUCGGGUCUCCUUCCUACUCCCCUCGGACGGCGGAAGUCCUCCACAUUGCUGUCGGUCCAGAGUUGUAAUUCGGUAACUUCGGAAUCGGGACGAAGUCGGACUCGUAACCUGUUGGGCUCCCCCAGACAUCGCCCUGCGAAGAAGGUCCACUUCAUCAAGAACAUGAGACAAUACGACACACGAGGCAGCAGGAUCGUGUUUAUCUGUGCCAAGCGUUCUCUGUGUGCAGCCUUCUCAGUAUUACCCUAUGGAGAGAGCUUUCACAUCAGUGACUCCAAGUUGGACAGGUAUUCAUCAGGGAACAUCUCUACCAGUCUGGAGAUGAUGCCUGGACUGGAAGGGUUCGAACUGGAGCCCUACGCCAAGACGGUGUCAUAUGCCCAGUUACUAUACCCGACCAACGCCCUGGUCCGCCAGAAGACCCCCUCGGUGGACAUUACCCUCCAGGUGCCCCUCAACCAGGUGACCCGGAACAGAAACUACACCCCAACCAGGCUAAACAGCAACGUGGGACUGGACCUGGGUGUGGAUGACGCAUCAGACUAUGACCCCAACCUUCUGAGUGACCCCCAGUGGCCCUGUGGGAAACACAAGAGAGUCCUGAUCUUCGCUUCAUACAUGACGACAGUGAUAGAGUACGUGAAGCCGUCUGAUCUGAAGAAGGACAUGAACGAGACGUUUAAAGAGAAGUUUCCUCAUGUCAAGCUGACUCUCAGCAAGAUCAGAAGUCUAAAGAGAGAGAUGCGUACGGUGGGUGACGACUGCGGCCUGCAGGCGGUCACCGUGGCGAUGGCGUUUGUUUACUUUGAGAAGCUGGUCCUGCAGGGGCGACUCAACAAACACAACAGGAAGUUGGUCUCUGGAGCCUGCGUGCUGCUCGCCGCUAAGAUCAGCAGCGACCUCAAGAAGCAGGACGUCACUCAGCUCAUAGAUAAACUAGAGGAGCGGUUCCGUAUCAGUCGGCGGGAGUUGAUCCCGUUUGAGUUCACUAUCCUUGUUGCCCUGGAGAUGGCUCUGUACCUGCCUGAGAGAGCCAUCAUGCCACACUACCGACGCCUGGUGCAGCAGAACUAGGGCCACACCCACUGCUGCACCCACGUGGACAGGAGCCACGCCUACUAGGGUCUGGAGGUUGGACAUGGGGGUGGGGUGAGGGGAGGAGCCACGCCUACUAGGGUCUGGAGGUUGGACAUGGGGGUGGGGUGAGGGGAGGAGCCACGCCUGCUAGGGUCUGGAGACUGGACAUGGGGGUGGGGUGAGGGGAGGAGCUACACCUGCUCGGGUCUGGAGACUGGACAUGGGGGUGGGGUGAGGGGAGGAGCUACACCUGCUAGGGUCUGGAGACUGGAUAUGGGGGUGGGGUGAGGGGAGGAGCUACACCUGCUAGGGUCUGGAGACUGGACAUGGGUGUGGGGUGAGGGGAGGAGCCACGCCUACUAUGGUCUGGAGACUGGACAUGGGGGUGGGGGGAGGGGAGGAGCCACGCCUACUAUGGUCUGGAGACUGGACAUGGGGGUGGAGUGAGGGGAGGAGCUAUCCCUACUAGGGUCUGGAGACUGGACAUGGGGGUGGGGUGAGGGGAGGAGCUACACAUGCUCGGGUCUGGAGACUGGACGUGGGGUGAGGGGAGGAGCCACGUCUACUAGGGUCUGGAGACUGGACAUGGGGGUGGGGUGAGGGGAGGAGCCACGCCUACUAGGGUUGGAGACUGGACAUGGGGGUGGAGUGAGGGGAGGAGCCACACCUACUAGGGUCUGGAGACUGGACAUAGGGGUGGAGUGAGGGGAGGAGCUACACCUGCUAGGGUCUGGAGACUGGACAUGGGGGUGAAGUGAGGGGAGGAGCCACACCUACUAGGGUCUGGAGGCUGUUGAGGGAAUACUCUGCCCCCACACCUGGAAACCAUGUGUUUGAUACCAUUCCACUCCAGCCAUUACCACGAGCCCAUCCUCCCCAAUUAAGGUGCCACCAGCCUCCUGUGCUAAGCACCAUAAACUCAGAGGCUUAGUAACGACACUUAGUAACGACACUGGUAUUUUACUCUCACCUUGAAGAAGUAUAAAUUACACCGAUCAGUCUUCCUACAUUUGCUGGUAUUAUUAUCAACAUACAGUAUAUAUAAUUACUACACAUUCUAAACCUGAACGUGGCCAUGCUUCCACGUGCCACAAGGGGGUGCUAAAGUUCAGCAGUAGCAUUGUUUAUCGAACGUGAGGUGUCACACUUUGCAAGAAUACCAGUUAUGCUUCAUAUAGGGCUGACCUAAACUGUACUGUACCGUUCAGGUUUUCUUCUCGUUUCACAUUGUCCGUUCCAGCAGCUAUGGUGGACGUGUAACCAGGCCAGUUUGGUUUGGUCUUCUAGUGGGAAUCAGACAUAAGAGUAACAAAGGAACCAGUGAAGAACCUUCUCCAGCGCCUUCCUGCCAGCAUGUUAAAGGGAAAACAAAUACAAGAAACAUCAGAUUUAACCAAAAAAGCAGUUUCAUUUAUUUAUCCUACUUUUCUUUCUUUUUUUAUGUUUAUUUAUUAUAUUUGAUCUAUUUCUUUGAAAAAUAAGGGAUGUUUAUAUUAUAACCAAACCAGUUCAUUAUUUUGCACCUCUUUGUAGUGUAACUCACAGAAGUCUUCUUCCAGCAUUAUAACCAAGCGUCCCUUAGUAAAGGUGUCAUCCCUAAUAGACCCCUAUUCCCUAACCAAGCAUCCCUUAGUAAAGGUGUCAUCCCUAAGUAAAGGUGUCAUCCCUAAUAGAGCCCUAUUCCCUAACCAAGCAUCCCUUAGUAAAGGUGUCAUCCCUUAGUAAAGUUGUCAUCCCUAAUAGAGCCCUAUUCCCUAACCAAGCAUCCCUUAGUAAAGGUGUCAUCCCUAAUAGAGCCCUAUUCCCUAACCAAGCAUCCCUUAGUAAAGGUGUCCUCCCUUAGUAAAGGUGUCAUCCCUUAGUAAAGGUGUCAUCCCUAAUAGAGCCCUAUUCCCUAUAGUACUCUUUGUGUAUUAAAGUGAUGGUGGUGAUUAUUGCUAUGAAAAGAGCCUGAUCUUCCUACCCUUGUUACUGAGUUACUACAGCAUAUAUAUAUAUAUAUAUAUACACAGAGAUGCAGUGUAUUAUUCAACUCUACGUUAGAGGUGACAUUGACGACAAUGAUCUAAGCACAUUCUAUGGUGCGUUGUGUUCCACUUCCUCCUCGUCCGAAGUUUAAUGUUUAUGUGCGUCUGAACAUGUGCCACCGUAUAUCCCUUUGGUUGGCAUCCUAAAUGGCACACUAGUGCCUAUGUAGUGCACUACUUCUGACCAGAAAUAAAGCGGUAUAUAGGCUGAUAGGGUGUCAUUUGGGACAAAACACCUUGUUAGAAUGUUCCUUUUUUUAUUUAUUUUUUAUUUAAUGUAUCUUCAUUUUACAUUCAACUGUUUUAGACUUUUACAUUUUGUACAACCAUUUAUUUAUCGUUCUUAUUUUCUUCUUCAGUACACUAUGAAGGCCAUUGAGGUAAUAUGUCUGAUCCUGUAUUAAUCCUAUUGCUAUUUCCUUGUCUUUCAUUUCAAUGUGUUUUUCAUUUCAUUCAGUGUCUAAGUUGAAGUUUUCUUUGAGGGAAAGACAACUUUGCUCAGUCACACUGUUAUAAUGUUGUGUUAUUAUGAUUAUAGCACUUUCAUAAACAGUUUAGAUUCAGUCAGAAGUUAGGCCUUGGUUAAAAUACGUUUUUCAAGUCAGUCAGAAGUUAGGCCUUGGUUAAAAUACGUUUUUUUCAAGUUAAUCUGAAGUUAGGCCUGGGUUAAAAUACGUUUUUUUCAAGUUAAUCUGAAGUUAGGCCUUGGUUAAAAUACGUUUUUCAAGUCAGUCAGAAGUUAGGCCUUGGUUAAGGUACGUUUUUCAAGUCAAUCUGAAGUUAGGCCUUGGUUAAGAUACGUUUUUCAAGUCAGUCAGAAGUUAGGCCUUGGUUAAAAUACGUUUUUCAAGUCAGUCAGAAGUUAGGCCUUGGUUAAGAUACGUUUUUCAAGUUAAUCUGAAGUUAGGCCUUGGUUAAGAUACGUUUUUCAAAAAGGGAUUUUUUUUUUUUUUGCCACAUUCCCCAAAGAGAUACUGUGAACAGAAUCAUACAUUUGCAAUGUGUUGUCAGACAGUAUGGUUCAUUUUAACAGUAGAAUAGAGUAUAGAUAUGUCCAGGAUGGUAGAGUGUGUCUGUGUUGUUAUUGCUAUGGGUUAACACUGUGAACGUCAGUGGAGUGAACGGUUGUUAGCGCCAUCUAGUGGGCAACAUUGCAGUAACAGUACAGAGGAGAUAUCCAAUGAAUGACGAUUUGAGGAAAUGGACAAUGUUAAUGAUUUCGAUCAUUCUACAUGUUGUGUUUUUAAAUAGCUGUCUGACAGAACACAAACACAAUGAAUAAAGUGCCUGAGCAAUAUGACAAGAACUGCAUUACAAAUGGCACCCUAUUCCGUACAUAUUUGACUACUUUCGACCAUAGCCCUGGUCAAAAUGUGUGCACUAUAUAGGGAAUAGGGCUGUGGUCUAAAGUAGUGCACUAUAUAGGGAAUAGGGCUCUGGUCUAAAGUAGUGCACUAUAUAGGGAAUAUGGUGCCAUUUGAGAUGCCUACAAUAGCUCUAUACAGAUAAAGACUGAUUUACUGUGUGUGAUUUUUAUUUAUUUUUUAUUAUUUAAGCAGAGAGAGCAAUCACAAAUUCUGUCAGAAAAUACUAUGUUCCUUCAAUCGUAACUUUCUCUUCAAAGUGGGCUGUUUUUUAAAACGCCAUUGUUGUAGAAAAGCAUUGUUGGUAUUUUUUUAUGCAUUGAGACACUGACUUUGACCAAAAGUAUCUCUGGCAACAGGCCACAGUGCUUCCACUUAGUCCUUGUCACAUUAAGGAAAAAAGGGUGUGUCACAUUAAGGAAAAAAGGGCGUGUCACAUUAAGGAAAAAAGGGCGUGUCACAUUAAGGGGAAAGGGGCGUGUCACAUUAAGGAAAAGAGGGUGUUUCACAUUAAGGAAAAAAGGGCGUGUCACAUUAAGGAAAGGAGAGCGUGUCACUUUAAGGAAAAAGGGGCGUGUCACAUUAAGGAAAAGCGGGCGUGUCACAUUAAGGGAAAAGGGGCGUGUCACAUUAAGGAAAGGAGGGCGUGUCACAUUAAGGAAAGGAGGGCGUGUCACAUUAAGGAAAGGAGGGCGUGUCACAUUAAGGAAAAGAGGGCGUGUCACGGUAAGGAAAAGAGGGCGUGUCACAUUAACGAAAAGAGGGUGUGUCACAUUAACGAAAAGAGGGUGUGUCACAUUAAGGAAAAGAGGGCGUGUCACAUUAAGGGGGGGGGGGGUGUCACAUUAAGGAGGGCGUGUCACAUUAAGGAGGGCGUGUCACAUUAAGGAGGGCAUGUCACAUUAAGGAAAGGAGGGCGUGUCACAUUAAGGAAAGGAGGGCAUGUCACAUUAAGGAGGGCGUGUCACAUUAAGGAAAGGAGGGCGUGUCACAUUAAGGAGGGCGUGUCACAUUAAGGAAAGGAGGGCAUGUCACAUUAAGGAGGGCGUGUCACAUUAAGGAAAGGAGGGCAUGUCACAUUAAGGAGGGCGUGUCACAUUAAGGAAAGGAGGGCGUGUCACAUUAAGGAGGGCGUGUCACAUUAAGGAGGGCGUGUCACAUUAAGGAGGGCAUGUCACAUUAAGGAAAGGAGGGCGUGUCACAUUAAGGAAAGGAGGGCAUGUCACAUUAAGGAAAGGAGGGCGUGUCACAUUAAGGAAAGGAGGGCAUGUCACAUUAAGGAAAGGAGGGCGUGUCACAUUAAGGAAAGGAGGGCGUGUCACAUUAAGGAAAGGAGGGCGUGUCACAUUAAGGAAAGGAGGGCGUGUCACAUUAAGGAAAGGAGGGCGUGUCACAUUAAGGAGGGCGUGUCACAUUAAGGAAAGGAGGGCGUGUCACAUUAAGAAGGGCGUGUCACAUUAAGGAAAGGAGGGCGUGUUUGUGACUAAUGCCAGGGGACAUUCUUUUGAACAAAGUGCAGGACAGUUUUUAUAAUAAUAUCCCCUAAAUGUUGUUCCCUUUUGUUGUUUGUGAAUUGUUUGUUAUAGAAUAAAAUGUAAAUGUAUUAUUGUCAGUAUGACAGAAGAAUAAAUCUAAUAUAUUUUCUGA